UGGAAAGAGGGUCUGAAAGUGGACUUGGACCUGGUCGAUGCUGGUCAAUCUCUCCCCGCUACCCAAUCGCGCGUCGCUCGUCCGACAACCGAUGAGGAUCUUCAUCUGUGCUUGGCAACCGGGCCGGAUGAAGAGGCUUUACUGCUGCUGGAACAGGAUGAAGAGGCUUCGGAGGAUGUAGCAGACCUCAGAAAAUUGAUGGAGAAGGCGCAGGAGCUGGUGGAUGACGGACAAAGGACACAUUUCUUCAACGUUCGAAACGUCGCUGUAGAUGCUGGAGCCUUCGAUUUCGAGCUGCGAAAGUCUCAUCAUUGGAUCCUCAAUUCCUUCUUUCUAAGACCCCUUGCCAGACCGAUUGUUCGGCUGGUCCUUCAACGAGUCGUAGCUGCGCUCAUCGAAGACACGUUUGAAAGGGCGGAUAAGCAAGCUUGGGACUUGCAUGUUCGCGCUACAAGACUUGCCAGAUCUCGCGAGGGUACGAGCAGCGAGGGAAAAGCGGAAUGGAUGGAUUAUGUGCGCGUAUUGAUGGACAACAAAGCUGGCAAGAGUAGGGCGAGGAGAAGACUGGAGCGCAAGAGGAGGGAGUUGAUGCAAAGGAGACAGGAGAGAGAAAAGGACAGACAGAGGCGUGAGGAAGAAGAGCUAGCGCGGCGGAGCGAGCAGCAGGAAAGAAGAGAGAUAGAAGGAGGGCAGCGCACUGAGAAUCGCCAGACUCGACAGCUACGUAAAGGACAAACGAUGCGCGUCACCCCGACUAAACACGCUGCGCGAUCUUCCUCGUCAUUCCGACUUGACUCACAGGCGCUGAUCAAAUCGGACACAUCGGGCUCGUAUGCUCUUUCGGUCGGUCUAGCACCUCGUCUUCUCGCUCCUCAUAAGCGAGGUCCAUCGACGAAGCGCACGGAUCUGCGCGACGAUCUAGUGCAGCAGAAUUGGAAAUCUCUGGGUCAAAGACCGGUCGAGCAAGCCAGAGAAGGUUGGGAAGAAGCGGCGGAGGAGACGGACUUGCUGUUGCCUUUCAGGACUGCCCAAGAGCAGGUGGAUAAUGUCAGAGGAAUGGCGAAGGAGGUCAAACGUGGGAAUGAGAGGAUCAGAAGGGAGGAGCGGCAGAUUGACGCGCGGCAAGAGUCUUCUGCCCCAACUGCGUCGAAGGGAUGGAAGACGGACUUGUUUGAUCUGUAAUUGUAUGCCACUGCUUGAGAAGCAUCACUCGAGAAAGAAUUUCUCGGAUUGCGACCUGUCGCUCGUUUCUGAGGUUGCGAGGGAGCAGCACUACAUUUGUUCAUAAAAGCGAGGCAUCAUAAUGCAAAAGCACC